AUGCCUAGACUCAUCCACAGACUCACACUACUCUUCACCUUUCUCUUCCUCUUUCUCUCAUUAACCACCAAUGCCGCCGCGGCGACUAUUAUUACUCAACAAUUCAAAGAAGCCCCACAAUUUUACAACUCCCUCGAUUGCCCUUCCAUUGAUCAAGAGGAAACAGACUCUGAACCAGAAUCGGAUGGUGAUAACACCAUCUUCUGCUCCGAGCGCGCCGUCCAUGUGGCAAUGACAUUGGACACAGCCUACAUACGUGGCUCCAUGGCUGCAAUUCUCUCAGUUCUGCAACACACUUCCUGCCCCCAAAACAUAGCUUUCCAUUUCGUCGCCUCUGCCUCCGCUAACGCGUCACUCUUACGCGCCUCUAUCUCAUCUUCCUUCCCUUACCUUAAAUUCCGAGUAUACACGUUCGACGAUUCAUCGGUGUCGAGACUCAUCUCCACAUCAAUCCGUUCAGCCCUCGAUUGCCCUCUGAAUUACGCUCGCAGCUACUUAGCCAAUAUCCUACCUCUGUGCGUCCGACGAGUUGUAUACCUUGAUUCGGACCUGGUUCUUGUCGACGAUAUUGCCAAGCUAUCAGCUACCCCACUAGGUGAAAAAUCAGUUCUUGCAGCACCUGAAUACUGCAACGCAAAUUUUACUUCAUAUUUCACUCCAACUUUCUGGUCCAAUCCUUCUUUGUCACUAACAUUUGCGGAUAAAAAACCUUGUUACUUUAACACUGGCGUUAUGGUAAUCGAUCUUGAUCGAUGGAGAGAAGGAGAUUAUACAACAAAGAUUGAGGAGUGGAUGGAACUACAGAAGAGAGUGAGAAUUUACGAGCUGGGUUCAUUGCCACCAUUCUUGCUAGUUUUUGCUGGCGAUAUAGUGCCAGUUGAUCAUAGAUGGAAUCAACAUGGGCUUGGGGGAGAUAAUUUUAGAGGGCUUUGUAGAGAUUUGCAUCCUGGUCCUGUUAGUCUUUUGCAUUGGAGUGGUAAAGGGAAGCCAUGGGCUAGACUUGACGCAAAUCGGCCGUGUCCUUUGGAUGCUCUUUGGGCUCCUUAUGAUCUCUUGCAGACUCCAUUUGCCUUGGAUUCUUGA